AUGAAACAAAACAUCCAAAUCAAGAUCAAUGUUGAAAAUGGCGAUAUCGAUUACAAGAUCAAUGACAGGAACAACGAAAGCGUUUUCGUUAUCCCAGACAAGAAAGGAUUUGUCAGUUUGGAUUUUGUUCCCGAUAGUUAUCAUGUUAAUGAAUACGCAGUUUAUGGAACUACAAACAAAUCUGCAUUCAUUUUCUAUAACAACAAAACGAAGAAGAUUGAUCCUAUCUUGCCACACGACACUCACAUCUUUGUUUUAGAAGAAGAAACAGGAUCGAUGCGAGUCUGUUCUAAAUCAAAUUUGCUAGUUUAUUUGGACUGCAAAAUGAUUGUUCGACAUUCAAUCCAACUUGAAGAAAAUCCUAUUUCUAUCAACUGUUCGAAGAAUUUGUUGACAGGUGUUUUGUUCUCAACAUCAUUUGUUCUGUUUGACUGCUGUGGGAAUGUUCUGUUUCGAAUCUUAUUACCACCGAAACACAAUCUUAAUAAAGUCAUUUUCGAUGGUGAUGUUUUUGGUGCAUUCGGAAACAAUUCAUUGGCAUAUUUCCCAUUCAACAUCAAUAAAUCAGAGAUUGAAUGCCGAAUAUUCAAUUUCCAGAAUGAUAUUUGCAUCCAAUCGUGCUGCAUUUGGCUUUCUAACAAGAGUUUUUACACUUUCAGCGCUCAUGGGGCGUUGAAUAUCAUCCCAUUUUCUGCUUUUUCUUUAUUUGUUUAG